AUGACUAUCGCAACUGGUGCUACAGAGUCCCAGACUCACUUUAACAAUUGGCCCAAUGAUUUAGGGUUUGAUGCCAACUACGAAGAGAGGUCUCCUGUAGAGCUCAUAGUCACCGGCCAUAUUCCCACUUACGCUGCGGGAGUUCUCUAUCGCACGGGACCAGGCAAAUACAAGAUUGACAGGGAGAAUGGUGACACAUUUCAAGUAUCGCACUGGUUCGAUGGCUUUAGCGAAACGCAUCGGUUUCAGCUUGUUGCGCCAGAUGCCACCCACUCUUCCCUGAGAGUCUUCUACAAUUCCCGCUUCUCGACGGACUAUCUGAUUGAGCAAGCGAGAAAGACCGGCCGCCUUGAUAAAAUCAGCUUCGGUCAAAAGCGCGAUCCUUGCAAGACAGUAUUUCAGAAGGCCCAGAGCGAUUUUAACCCCGAUCCCUCCUCAGCCAACGUCGGCGUGACACUCUCCGUCAACAUGCCAGGUCUUGAUAAAGCCUUGGAUGAAAACCGACCCAAUAUCGGACGCUGGAAUGGUUCUUCAGGAAUACAAACUCUGUAUGCAAAAACAGAUUCCACGUCUUACAAGAAGCUCGACCCAGAGACCCUUGAACCUGUCGGCCUGGCGUCACAAAAGGAUCUACACCCUGACUUGGAUGGGCCUUUGUCGGCAUCCCAUGCACGUUCUGAUCCCAUAACGGGGGACGUUUAUAAUUUCAAUCUCGCUUUUGGUAAAUGUUCAACCUAUCGCGUCUUCCAUGUGUCUGCCUCAACAGGGAAAACCACAAUCCUUGCUACGUUCGAAGGAACACCUGCAUAUCUCCAUUCUUUGUUUCUCACAAAGGACUAUGUUAUUCUCUGUGUGUGGAACUCUCAUAUCAAUCCCGCUAUGCUCGAGAAAGGCAGCUUCUUGCAAGCCAUCCAAUCAUUCGAUGCAUCCCAGCCUACCAAGUGGUAUGUUGUGGACCGCACCCAAGGUCAAGGGCUCGUCGCUACAUUUGAAAGCCUUCCAUUCUUCUGCUUCCAUACGAUCAAUGCAUGGCAAGAAUCUUCAGCAAGUGGCACCGGCGUGGACAUUGUAGCAGAGCUUGUCAGAUACGAUAACGCCGAUACGCUGCACGCUCUAUACUAUGAGAAGCUCGUUUCCUCAUCGGCCGAAGCGAAGGCCCACGCCCAGAUCAAGAAAGACACUUACCGCUCAGAGUUUGCCCGUUUCCGUCUCCCAAAUAUCCCUGUCAGCCCUAGCACCGAAAUUAAGACUGCGGCAGCUGAGUGGAUGUCAUGCAAAGCCUUUUCACCUGAGUUGCCAACUAUGAAUCCAAAACUGGUCACGCAGAAGCACCGAUACACGUACGCUAUUACUGCCCGCGACAAAUCUACCUUUUUUGAUGGAAUAGUCAAAUUUGACAGCCAAACCAAGGAAACGCUCCUGUGGAAUGACCACGCCCAGUCUCCCGGAGAGCCAAUUUUUGUUCCCCGUCCGGACGGUUUGGAAGAAGACGACGGGGUCCUUCUCAGCGUGGUGCUGGAUGGAUACUCAGGUAAAAGCUAUCUGCUUUGCCUUGAUGCUCAGACAUUGAAGGAACUGGGUAGAGCGCAUGUCAAUGGACCGAUUGGAUUUGGAUUCCAUGGUCAGCAUAUUCCUUCGAAUGGAGUGCCAACCGUGGAGAGCUGGAUGUCGCCUGUUCACUCUUUUAACUAA